AUGGAAGCCAAGAGCAAAAAGAAGUUCGUGGGUAAGAGUGGAAACACACCUCGUGGAAAAAUGCUACACGGGAAAAGGAAGUUUAAAAAAGAUUCGGGUCCACCGAAGAAACUUCUUAACAAAGGAGAUGAGGAAGAAAAGCCUAAAUCCAUUUCCAAGAAAUUUGUGAAAGGGCAGUUAAGACCUGGAAGAGCUAGUGUCAAACAGUUCAAGAAUAAACCGCAAUCAGAAAAGUUUGCAAAGAAGAGAAAGCUCCAGGAUGGUGAGGAGGGAGGGCCAGAUUCUAAAAAGCCCAAGUGGAGUGACUUCAAAAAGAAAAGGAAGGAGUUAAAGCAGACCAGACAACUUAAUGAUAAAAAUAACUAUGACAUUAUAGUAAAAUCAAAGCAAAUAUGGGAAAGUGUGAGACGGAAGAAAUGCGAUAAGGAGAAGCGAGAAAAGCUGAUGAAUGAACUACAGAAGCUUCUUCAUGGAAAAAUUAAAAGUCUGGCGUUUGCCCAUGAUUCAACUCGAGUGAUCCAGUGCUUUAUUCAGUAUGGCAAUGAGAAGCAAAGGCAAGAGACAUUUGAAGAACUGAAAGAUAGCCUAGUGGAGUUGAGCAAGUCAAAAUAUUCCAGAAAUAUUGUGAAGAAGUUUCUUAUGUAUGGGACAAAAGCACAAAUUGCAGAAAUAAUAAAAAGUUUUAAGGGCCAUGUCAAACAAAUGCUACGUCAUGCCGAAGCUUCUGCUGUAGUGGAAUAUGCAUACAAUGACAAAGCCAUUUUGCAGCAGAGGAAUAUGCUGACAGAAGAACUAUAUGGGAAUACUUUCCAGGUUUACAAGACACCAGUUGUCCCAACACUGGAUAAAGUGUUAGAAGCUCAACCUGAAAAGAGGGAGGCCAUCUUGGAUGAAAUGAAACAGAUUCUUACACCAAUGGCACAAAA